AUAUGUCAUAAUUGUUACAUGAUAGCAGCGCACAAUAGAAUUAAUAGACAACAAUAUUCUCGCCUGGUCUCCGUUUCAAGUACAUUCUAUUUUAAUUCCGCAAUUAAAAUUGCACUUUUCACAGCUGAACGCAAAGUUUAAGCGGUGUACUGCUUGCCACAAUCAAUGGUAAUACCUCAACGGAAAUUGCGAGAUAAUAAAAGGAAAAAAGCACCGAGGCGAUAUCGCGCUCGCAAAGUAGAAUAUUGAUAAGACGCGCGAUCUAGUUUCAAUCGAAUCGUUUCACUAAAAUUGACGUUAUAAUGCCGCAAAUUUAAUUUGAUCUUGAAACUUCGCUAAGAAGAAUUUAAAACGACUUUUUUUUUUUUAGAAGAAAGUAAGAAUAAAAAAUUACUCGUUUGAGAAGUGUUUUAGGUGACAUGAAAUUAUGGUUUUAUGUUACGCGAGUCUAGCACACUAGAGAAUGCAAUAUAUUGUCUUGGGGAAAGUUAAAUUGCAAUUAAGAUAAAUGUUUUGAGAAGCAAAGUCUUCAAGUUUAGGGGAUGAAGAAGAAAAGUUAAGCUCAUAGAAAGUUGAUGUUAGUGAAAAGUACUGAGCCUUAAAUAGAGAGGUUGUUUCCGAAGAAACUUCUCUGACCUAUUUGAAGAUUCGUGAGACGGUCUUCAUUCGAUUCUUCCACAUUGUAAAGCAGAAAUAAAUUGAUCUCAUAAUCAGUCGAAAAUACAACACAACGAUCGCAUUUUCUCGUAUCACAUGGAACUUGACGACAAAAAGUUCGCACAAUUAUGUGAGAAAAAAGAUUGAGUUCAUAAAAGUUUAAUAUUAUUCUUUUUCUGCGAUUUAUAUGAAAUAAAAGAUUCAAGUCUUGAUGUUUAAUCUUAAUGAUUUUGAUCAUUAGAUGCAGAUCUGAUUGUUAAUUGCUGUAUUGCUUACUACAAUCAAGAAAUCAGACAAAUAUAAUAGAAAAUAAAUAUAGAAUUAAUAUAACACAAGACAAUCUUUCUAUAAAUAUAAUCAAAUUGUGCAAUCUGAUUGAACAAUUAAGACUCUCAAUUUUUUGCUCAAUAACACGUGCAGAUUUGCAGAAAAAAAAUCAAGAUUCAAUGUAAGAAUAGAUGUAUAUCGACAUCUGUAACAAUUCCCACGGCAAAUAUUCCACGAUACAGCGCUUGUUCGUAGAAUUCACAGAAUGUAGUUACGAUGAGCUAACUUCAAUAUAUAUAUAUAUAUAUAUACAUAUGUGUGUGUGUACACAAUAUUUCACACAUUUGGUUAUCGAAUCCACCCGACAAUAUCCGUUGUCCUUCGGUCUGGAUUUCGCAAGCGUUAUCGAGAUCGCGGGAGCGCGAAAAAUCAACGACAUCAAUAACCAUUUUUCCGUCCGUAUCUACUGACGCUCCAAAUCAUCCGAAUACAAAUGCCGAAUGCCGUUUGCUAUCCGCCCGCUUUGACGAUAGAACGAAAGACUGACAAAGUGAGAUCGAUGACGCAGUUUGCCAAAGGUAGGACAUAAGACCUGUGAAUACGUAGGGCGAUAUUUUUGACGCAUCACUUAUCGCGAGGGCAUCUAGUAUCUCGGGUAUUGCUUCGGCAAGGUAAAAGCUCCUCCCGGUGGUAUCGAUGUCUUCGACCGUUCGAUAAAGUAACUACGAGAUGAACGACCGCAUCGAAUCGUCCAUCCGUGAACUCAAUUCGGUUAUUCAUUCAUCAGCUCUAUUCUUAGCGCAGGCAUUUCGCUCCAUUACAUUGCUUUUAAUGCAAGUAUUUGAUCUUGUUAUAUCAUUUUGUGUUAUUCAGCAGCUGCUUGAGAAAAUACUGUUCUUACUGACAUUCUCCGUCCAUUCUGUUAUCCGACUCUUAAUUAGCAUGAUAAUUAAAUUUGGAGUUAUCCAAUUUAUCUUUUGCCAUUUGAAUUUCAAAUAAAAGUUACGUGAUAUACGUCUUCUGCUGUGUUUUGAAUAGAGAAUCUUCAAGUCUGGAGAGUAGGUCAUAAAAAUAUCAUUGUCUCGGGGAUUAAUAUUCUUGAUGCGAGCCUCGCGUACAUAUUUGAUUCUCGGUUCGAGUAAUAUACGUAAGAUAUUUUCUAUCGACGUCUAUCUCUUGCAAUAAAAAUGCGUCCUUGUAUAUUUUAUCGGUUUUUUUCACUAAUGUUAUAUUCAAGAAUUGUUUUCCAAUAAAAAAGAACUUAAGAAAUAAGCUGAUAAAAUCGAAGUUUGCGCCGUAAUAUACUAAAAUUUUUAAUUCAAUAUGAUAAGCAUAGAUAAUAAACAUUACGUUUGAUGUAUAUUCAGGAAGUGGUGAACUAAUAUUAACAAAACUGUUCUAUUCUAAAUAAUAAAAAAAAAUAAAGAACAAAUAUCUAUGGAAGCUCAUUUCGUUGAUAACAAAGUGACAAAAUUUUGCAAAAACAUUUCUCUGUCAUUUGUCAGUGCGGUCAAUAGAAUUCUUUACUCGACUUGUUAUUAGAGAGAUAUGCGAUGCACGUGCUGACAAUUAUGAAACAUAAUUAUUUCCAACGGCAUAAAUAUCACAUUAACCGCAAGAAUUGCGACACAUAUGUCACUUAACCCAAGACAAUAAGUGCAAAUGCAUUCAGCAGCGUUAUCGCGUAACGUUUGAAGGAAGCGGACGAGCGAGAACGAAGCACGUUACUUUUUGCGUUGUAUUCGCGUCCGCUCCACUAUAUAUAUAUAUAUAUAUCGGUGAUUCUCUGUUCAAUGUCGCUUGACACCAAGCUUUGGCGAUCGACCCAGGUCAAGAGAGAAUUCAAAUUACCAUACGGCGCACACAAGAGGCGUUCUCUAUAAUUGGUAUUCCCCGGCUACUGUGCCGCUGGGUAGAAUCAACUGCGUCAACUGCGGCGCGUAUAACGGGAUCCUAAGACAACAAUGAGCCACAUCGCGAAUCCCGAGAUUCGAAUAAUCCCACGACACCUGUAGUUUCCUCUGGCCUGAACGUCGAGCGGCGACUUGCACGCACGCAUUCGGGGAAGGGACUUACGCAAAUCACGCGGCGAUGCGGGCGCUAAUGUUCGACAUUACAAUAAUGACGACGCUGUCGAGAAAGGAGCGCGGCACCGCGGUCGGCGCCUAGUGGUGCGCGUUUUAUGCAACAAUAAAGCCACGUUGCGCGCCGCAGCCGCCAUACUGUUCAGAUCGCGUGCAACGCGCAGAGACAUCGGCACGCGUGCAGUUCCGAGGAGUUCGCGAGAAUGUUAUGCCUGGACAUCAAACUCAUGUCGCGAUUGCGGGGCGUCUCAUCCGGAACCGCGUUGUCGGCGUCGCCGACCCACCAGGCGACGGCCGCGUCCUCGACGGGCCCCGCGGAGAAGAAUAAGUCGCGCAAGGCGAGGCGCGAGAGCGGCGAGGUCGCCAACGCGGUCGCCAGCGACGGCGAGGAGGACUUGUUGCGACCGGACUCGAGCGACCAGGAGAUGAUUCGCCGGAACAGAUCCAGAUCGGUGUGCGUGGCGGCGAUUCUGCCGUCCUCACAGCUCCGACAGUUGCACCGACGCGCCAGUCAUUAUGUAUCCACCACGGAUGCGAUAGCGAGGCGAGGAGUCCUAUCGAGGCGGUGCUACGGCAGCGUGGAAAUGCUGCCACAGAUCGAGCAGGAUGGAGCCGACAAUGGAAGAAGAUUUCGAGUGGAGAAUGGAGAUUCUCCGGGGGAAAAAGAGGAGAUGUUCGGCUCGCCGAGUACGCCGAUACUGGAAAACCCGGAGUACCAAACGCGUUGGUACUUCAAGUACUUCCUGGGCAAACUGCAUCAGAAUUAUAUCGCCUCCGAUCAAGAGAGAAAUCCUCUCUUUCUCUCGGUCGUCACGAGCGAGGUUGGUGAUCAAUGCGUGCCGCACUACCGAGUUAUUUUAUGGAGGCGAACCGGCGCGCAAAAAAUAUCGCUGCCGUACUCUGCAAACAAGACUAUGACUAUCAGGCAAAUUCUCAGCAACUUUUUCGGUUUGGAGAAACUUGACAAAGCGCCGCGAGAAGUUUUCACGCCGGAACUGCAAAAGGAUCUGUUACUGCUGGAGGAACAAGAAGGCUCGGUCAACUUCAAGUUUGGCGUUAUCUACGCGAGAGAAGGUCAGACCACCGACGACGAGAUGUUGUCUAACGAAAGUGGUAGCCCGGGCUUUGAGAGGUUCCUGGAGAUCCUGGGUGAGAGGAUACGGCUCAAAGGCUGGGACAAAUACAGGGGUGGCUUGGACGUGAAAGGAGAUAUGACGGGCAAGGAAAGUUUCUACACGGUUUAUGCAGGUCACGAAGUUAUGUAUCACGUUAGCACGGUGUUGCCGUAUUCGAAAGACAAUCCGCAGCAACUGGAGAGAAAGAGACACAUUGGUAACGAUAUUGUUAACAUCAUAUACACGGACGAUCCAUCAGCCGUAGACACAUUCAAUCCGAACUGCAUAAGAAGCCAAUUUACGCACGUGUUUGCCGUGGUGACGACCGAGGCGGACGGUAAGGGAUGGCGGGUCGCUAUUUAUUGCGACGAGAGUGUACCUCUAUUCGGACCGAGUCUUCCUUGCCCGCCGGUUUUCGAGGACCCGUAUAACCUUCGAGAAUUUCUUCUCGUUAAAUUGAUCAAUGGAGAGAAGGCUACCUUCGACACUCCAACAUUUUCCAGAAAGAGGGAGAGAACGCUCGACGCCCUGUUGCGAGAUAUGUACCAGGAGCACUCACAGGAGAGCAAGAGCAACAGCAUGCUAAACCGGCGGGCACUUUCGGACGUUGUCGAGGCGCCCGGACGACGGCGAGAAGAGACGCGCGCCGUCGAGAUGGUGCGAGUGGGACAAGCUUUAAAGUUAGAGGCUAUCAUGCGUGGUCUCGCACCCACCUCUCUCGCCACCGUCGGCCCUCUGAAACCGAGACCCUGGGAACCGAGAUGCAUUUAUCCCGACUUCCCCCACGAAGUCGUCUGCGGUGAUGUGUGGCUGGAGAACAGACUGAUUCUCGCCUCGGAAAACGGGACAUUUCUCAUCGAAGAUGGUCUCUCGCACAGAUUGAUUUUCGACGAGUCGGUGCAAAUCAAGCAGCUAGACGUAGUCGAGCAGCACGGUAUACUAUUGUUUCGCGCCGGGGACAAGGGCAAGGAGAGCAGCGUGUACGUAUUCCGACUUCGGGAAUUCGAGAGCGACGCGUCCGCGCGAUGCGCCGAGUUAUUCAACGACCGCGAGAACGGCGAUCGGGGGAAGGAGGAUGAGGACGACGACGAGGACGCCGAGGACGACGACGGCGAUCGCAACGACGACGACGACGAGGACGACGCUGACGAGUGCGACAAUUUCACGCGCGCCACCGCCAGAUUCCAGCCGGUCGGGCGUUCGCGCGCUCGCGUUCGCAUCCGCGCGCCCGCUGUUCGCAGCCGGGCGCAUAUAAAGGAGAGGAAGCUGCGGCGUACGCGGGGAUGCAGCUUGUACAGCAUCACCAGGCCCGGAGGCUCGCAUCUACGCAUGUGCGUAGUCGUCGGCCGCCGACUGACGGUCCUUCAGUGGAAGCACAACGCAGCCUGGACCAUCUGGUGUUCGUCGGCCGACACCGACACCGUCGACGGUUUCCUGAUGGUGAAGGAAUUCACCGCGAGCGAGACACCGACGUUAGUGACGAUGAUUGAGAGCAUCGAUCCGGGGAACGAGUGGACACUAUGCUGCGGCGCUCGUCACCACUUCGAGUUGAUCUCCGCUUCCGGAACUUCGAGAAUAGUUCACAUGGACGCGAUGCCGAAGCCGCACUUGGUGGCGGCGUUGGAUCUUCGCGAAGACGAGGAGCCGGAACUGUUACUUUGUUACAACAACACGUGUCACUUUCAAAAACUGGCAGAAGAGAACACUGCGCCGACCGAGUUCGACUUCAAUUGGAAUUCGAUGCCGACAGCCGUAGCUUGUGCCUUUCCAUACGUGAUCGCCUUCACUACCGACACGAUGGAGAUUCGACUGAUAAUAAACGGCAACCUGGUUCACACAAUCGCGAUGCCCAAUAUCAGCUUGAUCACCUCGAAGAGGGACAUCUUUUUCGCAACAACGGCUCCGGAGUUCCUUCCAGGAAAAUGCGAGCGUAUCCGAUUGGACUCGAAACCGCUCGAUAAAGAGGAAAUGCCUUGCAGCCCGCCGCCUACAUCUUCGUCCUCUUCCCGAUCUUUUCAAAACAGCCAGACGGAUUGGAAGCCAAUAAGGAUCUACCGGAUACCAUUGCAAACGCUGUCGAGAAACACAGCGUCCAAUUGCAGUCAAAGGCGGUGUCCGAGUCCGGCGGAGCCGGAAAUCGUCUCCGCGCCACCGACCACCGACAGGACGUUCCUGAGCGUCGAGCCUCACCGCGCGUUCAGCAGAUCCUGCAGCAGCAGUCCCACGCCCACACCGACCACGAAUUUGCCGUCGCCAUGUAGGAAAUAAGCGCCGUAGUUGUUGGCGAUCGCCAAUCGAUCACACCGACCGCGAUCGUUGCAAGAUCGAUCGCGAGGAAUAAACCGACCGCACGUACCUGAUUCUCGUACACCGUACGAGAGAACAUACGGAAAUCUUUGUCAUUGUUAUGCUGUUAGUGCGUUGCGUUGCAUGUGUACCUUGAAUGUAAAUGCGACCGCGCAAGUCAUUACUCGGGUAGAUUUUGACGGGGUCACAUAUUAAUGCCUUAAUUAUGGGAGGCUGUGGCAUAAUUAUCUCUCUUUGCUAUUUGAGAAAAAUCAAUUGACAAUGUCUUUUUUUUCAACAUUUCCUUAUUUCAUUUGAAUAAUUAUUUGUGGCGUGAAAUUUUCUAUUUUUUUUAAUCUCGCGUAAUUUUUAUGCAAAAAGGGUGUAUUUUAAGAAACAAGCGCAAAUUUUGAAAGAAAAUAAUGGAAAAAUAUUUUUAUAAAAAACCGCGACCUGCGACAAUCCUCCUUUUAAUUUUCUUAACUUCUUUUCAGGCUGGUAAAAAAAUGUCUCUAGCUAAGAUACCGAUCUUUUUAUCGAGCUAAACUGAUUUUAUUUCGCGUCAUCCGUAAUUAAGGACUUAAUAGCGUCAGAGAAUGACGAUACUUUAGACACUUUUCGCUUCUGGAUUUUUUAAGUGAUAUUGUAUAUUAUAGUUCCUCAUUGUUUCAAAAGCUUAGAUAGUAGAAUUCAGGCUAAUGACCAUAAGUCAGUGCCGAAAAUGUUUCUGACGCAUGAUUCGACACUAUGGAUAAAACUUAUUACGCACUUAUAAAAUACAUGCGAAGCGAGCAUUUUUGAGAUGCGCGUUAGCUCGAUGAAUCAUGCGUUUCUUCGAACGUAAAGGAGGCACGCGAAGAAUGUUGUCGAAGGCGAUCGCAUGUGUCGAUUGAUCCUCGAGGAUCGGGAUCGUCGAGGCCGCGCUGCGCAUCCGCACUUAUUUUUAUUUAAUAAAGAAUAUAACAUUCCAACACACAUGGUGGAGUGUCGAUGUCUACGCGUCAUGUGUAUAUAAUUACAAAAUAACGAUUAAAAUAUAUGUUACCGUUGCAUUUCCACCAAA